GUGGCGCUCUGCUCCGUCCCGCCCGCCGCCGGCCCCCGCGCCCGCUCCCGACUCGCCAGGGCCUCGGCCGCCCGCCGCCAGCCCCCGCCCAGGCUGUGAAUGAAAGGCAGGCGCCGCCGGGGGCUGGCUGCAAGCGACGCGGCGACGCCGGCCUCUCGGGAGGCGCGCUCCCCGCGGAGAUGUACGGUGUGUGUGGCUGCUGUGGUGCCCUUCGCCCCAGGUACAAAAGGCUGGUUGACAACAUCUUCCCCGAGGAUCCGGAGGAUGGCCUGGUGAAGACCAAUAUGGAGAAGCUGACCUUCUAUGCCCUCUCGGCUCCAGAAAAGCUAGACCGUAUUGGUGCCUACCUCUCGGAGAGGCUCAUCCGUGAUGUGGGCCGCCAUCGAUACGGGUACGUGUGCAUCGCCAUGGAGGCGCUGGACCAGCUGCUCAUGGCCUGCCAUUGCCAGAGCAUUAACCUCUUUGUGGAGAGCUUCCUCAAGAUGGUGGCCAAGCUGCUGGAGUCGGAGAAGCCCAACCUGCAGAUCCUCGGCACCAACUCGUUUGUGAAGUUCGCCAACAUCGAGGAGGACACCCCAUCCUAUCAUCGGAGCUAUGACUUCUUUGUGUCCCGAUUCAGUGAAAUGUGCCACUCAAGCCACGAUGACUUGGAAAUCAAGACUAAAAUCCGGAUGUCAGGUAUCAAAGGUCUGCAAGGCGUGGUGAGGAAGACGGUGAAUGAUGAAUUACAGGCCAAUAUCUGGGACCCACAGCACAUGGACAAGAUCGUCCCUUCACUGCUUUUCAAUCUGCAGCACGUGGAGGAGGCAGAGAGCCGGUCUCCCUCGCCCCUCCAAGCACCGGAGAAAGAAAAAGAAAACCCAGCAGAGCUGGCUGAGAGGUGUCUGCGGGAGCUGCUGGGCCGGGCUGCCUUUGGCAAUAUUAAGAAUGCCAUCAAGCCUGUCCUCAUCCAUCUGGAUAACCACUGUCUUUGGGAACCCAAGGUGUUCGCUAUCCGUUGCUUUAAAAUCAUCAUGUACUCAAUUCAGCAGCUCCUGAGCCACCUGGACGCCAACAGCCGCAGCGCCGCAACUGUGCGCGCCGGCAUCGUGGAGGUCCUGUCGGAAGCUGCGGUCAUCGCCGCCACUGGCUCUGUUGGGCCCACGGUGCUGGAGAUGUUCAACACCCUGCUGAGGCAGCUGCGGCUCAGCAUCGACUACGCCUUGACCGGGAGCUACGACGGGGCCUUGAGCCUUGGCACCAAGAUCAUCAAGGAGCACGAGGAGCGCAUGUUCCAGGAGGCAGUCAUCAAGACCAUAGGCUCCUUUGCCAGCACAUUGCCCACUUAUCAGCGCUCGGAAGUGAUUCUUUUCAUCAUGAGCAAGGUCCCACUACCUUCCCUGCAUCACCCUGUGGAGACUGGGAGGACAGGGGAGAACCGGAACCGGCUGACCCAGAUUAUGCUGCUGAAAUCCCUCCUUCAGGUAUCCACAGGUUUCCAGUGCAACAAUAUGACGUCAGCCCUGCCUAGCAACUUCCUUGACCGCCUUCUCUCCACUGCCCUCAUGGAAGAUGCAGAAAUUCGUCUUUUCGUCCUAGAGAUUCUUAUCAGUUUCAUUGAUCGUCAUGGCAACCGCCACAAGUUCUCUACCAUCAGUACCCUCAGUGACAUCUCAGUUCUGAAACUGAAAGUGGAUAAGUGCUCCCGACAGGAUACUGUCUUCAUGAAGAAGCACUCCCAGCAGCUCUACCGGCACAUCUACCUGAGCUGUAAGGAGGAAACGAACAUACAGAAGCACUACGAGGCGCUCUACGGCCUGCUGGCACUCAUCAGCAUCGAGCUGGCCAAUGAGGAGGUGGUGGUAGACCUCAUCCGCCUGGUGCUGGCUGUUCAGGACGUGGCCCAGGUCAAUGAAGAGAACUUGCCUGCAUACAACCGCUGUGCCCUCUAUGCCCUGGGUGCAGCCUACCUGAACCUCAUCAGCCAACUCACGACAGUGCCUGCCUUCUGCCAGCACAUCCAUGAGGUAAUUGAGACCAGGAAGAAAGAGGCCCCCUACAUGCUUCCUGAGGAUGUGUUCGUGGAGAGGCCCAGGCUGUCUCAGAAUCUAGAUGGUGUGGUGAUUGAGUUCCUCUUCCGCCAGAGCAAGAUCAGUGAAGUCCUGGGGGGCAGUGGCUACAAUUCAGACAGGCUCUGCCUGCCCUACAUCCCUCAGCUGACAGAUGAGGAUCGCUUAUCCAAGAGAAAGAGCAUUGGGGAGACUAUUUCCCUGCAGGUGGAGGUGGAAUCAAGGAACAGCCCAGAGAAAGAGGAGCGAGUGCCUGCUGAGGAAAUCACUUAUGAGACACUGAAGAAGGCCAUUGUGGACAGCGUGGCGGUGGAGGAGCAGGAGCGUGAGCGGCGGCGACAGGUGGUGGAGAAAUUCCAAAAGGCACCAUUCGAGGAGAUUGCAGCUCACUGUGGGGCCCGGGCAUCCCUGUUGCAGAGCAAACUCAACCAGAUCUUUGAAAUCACCAUCCGGCCUCCUCCCAGCCCAUCAGGAACCAUCACUGCAGCCUAUGGCCAGCCGCAGAACCACUCCAUCCCUGUCUACGAAAUGAAGUUUCCCGAUCUGUGCGUGUACUGAAUUCCAAAAGAUGGAGGACCUCAAAGGAAUGGGUUUUGAGGGAGGACUUGCCCUCACACUCACCUCUACCAUGUGGAAAUUCAGCUGGAUCUCUGACACCUUGGAUGAUAGCGCCUUUCCAGCUAAGCAAAGGUGGAGCUCCCAGGCCUCCUCUGGUCCUUCAUUGCUCUCCUGCCUCCUCCUCAUCAUCCCUGACGGAGCUCCAGCCACCAGCCUUCUGGGGCCAAUAAGCAUCUCAUCUGCACCUUCUGUUUUGUGUCAUCCAGGGACAUAGAGUCAUGGGGUAUCUCCAGAGGGAAGUUGAGAGGCCUAGAAAUUUCCCAUCUGGUAUGUUGGAUGAAUGGCUGCCAUUGGGGUUACAUCUAUGAGGGCUUGUUGGCCACCUCCAGAGGAGGGAGCUAGAUGGAGACUUGGUUGGUCAAAGGAAGCCAUUGAUGACACUUAUAAAAAAGUGUGGGAGCUGGAGAUGGUGGCUGCUUUCAUCCCUAGCAGUCCCCCUCUUCUCCCAUUCAAGUCUUGUGUCUCUCUUCCACUCUUGCUCACCUUCCAGUUGUCUGGUUUUUUGUUUGUUUGGGUUUUUUUUACUACUGAUGAAUGUUGAACCCUUAUAACAGGAACUGGGGAUAGAGAAGUGGAGGUUGGGCAGCAGCGAAGAUAGAACAAAGGACUGGCAGACCCAGGGAUAGGGAGAGGCUGGUUCUUCCAGCCUGGGCAGCAAGCAUCACCCAAGACCUGCCUCCCAUCUCAGGCACAAGGGCAAGUUGUGUCCCUGUGUAGAUUCCUCACCUCCUUUGUUCUGAGGGGCUUGUGGUGGCCCUCUUGUGGUUCUCUGACUUCUUGAUAUUUCUCUAAGUUGCUUGAGAAGGACUGGGGGCAUGAUUUAAGUGGUAGAACACCUGUCUAGAAGCAUGAAGCCCUGAGUUCAAACCCUAGGAGCACCAAAAGAAAGAUAAAAAAUGUGGACUCUUCAGCUGACUGAAUUACCAUCUCUUUGAUGUCUGUCUUCCAAGGACCCCAGAGUGUUUCUGCAGCCUCUGGGUUGAGGGAAGGCACAGCAUAUAGUACUUGGUUCUGGAUGACUGAAAGAGGGAGGAGGCACAGAGCCCCCGCAAUCUGCCCAUUAGUUCCCAUGGAAGAGGCUUCCAGCCCGAGCGUUUCCCCUGCGUGAUUUAUGAGAGCAGCUGACCCAGGGACCAGUUGGGGCACAGAAAUAGCUGCUAGCUGCUCUGUCACACUUCCCUUUCCUGACCCCUCCUCUCACAGCUAUGCCGCGUGGUCCAGCAUAACCCUUUCUUUUCUUUUCAGACUUCUUAUAACUUUUCUGAGCUGACAUAACUCAUUUGACCAUUUGGAUUUCUUGACCCCAUGAAAUUGAAUUCCUUUUUAGGGUAUAGUUUUAGGCAAUGGGCCAGAAGGGAGCUGUUUCUGCUAAUGGAGGGGAGGCAGCUUCUCAGGACACUCCCAAGUCACCCCCUGCACACAGCCCUGCACAGAUGCCUAGUGAGAGCCUGACUGUUGGGACAGAUGGGUGCAUUUUCCAAAAUGGGGACAAACUUAACACAUGCAGUUCCCUUGCAUGUGCAGUAAAUAUUGUGGGGAGGGGACUGUCUGCCCCUCAUCCCUCCUAGUUUGCACACUUUGGAUGCAGCUGUAAGCACCUCCUAGUGCUGUGGGUGCUUGGUUCCCGCAUGGCCUGUGUGAUCACAGGCGCCAAGGGUGAGGUCCUGCUCCUCCUCGGUUUUUUGGCUAUUUCUGUGGCUUUUGUCUUAUAACUACCCAACUUUACAAGCAUGGACUUAGAUUUCUCUUGCAUAUCUCUUUAUUAAGAAACUAAGUUUAAAAUAACUUUAAAAAAAACUAGAUGACAAAUAAUCUUUGGAAGAA